AUGCAGUGGGGAUGGAAAAAUGAUUAUUUCCUUGGAGCCAACAAACGAUUAAAACAGAUGGUUGGUUGCUAUGCUGAAAUUCCAUUAAUACAUUCGGAUGUAUUCUCUGCUAUUUUUAAUCUCAAGCCUCAGGGAGAGGAAGAACGGGCCAAUCAAAUGAUACAACUGCUAAAUGAAUCUUUUAUCAAAAAUAAUUUAUCAAAACAUUAUCAAACAAUAGGGGAAGUAAAAAGAGAAUUUGGUAUUAAAGCCGAUGGAAAAUAUAAAGAAAUAGAAAUGAUGGAAGAAUUACUUAAAAAUAUUAAAAGAUUAUUUUCUGAAGAAACAUUUACUGAACAUUUACCUAACAGAAUUGAAAGAAUAAUGAGUAAAAUACUCAAUUUUAUGAGGCAAUUCGAAGAAGGAAGUCUUCGACGCAAAGAAUGGGCAGAGAGGAUGAAUACAAGAAAUAUGAGGCAUUUUUUUGAUGAAGACUUUUAUGAGAAUUGGUACAAUUUAAUUGUAAAGGACCUGGAAAAUGGAAUUAUUGGCACAAUCCAAAAAAUUGAACAAUUAAUUCCGCAACUUUACUCAAAUACAGUAAAUGGCACAGCCAUAAUGGUGAGGGUUUAUUGA